CUCCGGAGCUGGGAAGAGAGUCAAGAUGGCGGCGAAAUCCGAUGGCGGUGGCGUGGGGGUGGGCUUCGCCCAGCUGCACAACCUGGACGAGGCGGUGGGCAGCGGCGGCGAGGAGGACGGGGAGCCCGGGGGCGGCGGCUGCGGCGGCGGCGACGGCGCGGAGCCCGGCGAGAGCAGCUCGCUGCACAUCUGCCACUGCUGCAACACCUCCUCGUGCUACUGGGGCUGCCGCUCCGCCUGCCUGCGCUCCCUCCUGGGCCGGAAGCCGCGCCGCAGCGCCGCCGCCGCCGCCGACGGGGGGGACCAGCCGCUGCAGCCGCCCGCGGGCCCCGGCCGCCGCCCCCCGACGCCCUCGGCCGGGCGGCCGCAGCCGCCGCCGCAGGUGGAGCGGCCGUGGCUCGACUGCCUGUGGAUCGUGCUGGCGCUGCUGGUGUUCUUCGGGGACGUGGGCACCGACCUGUGGCUGGCCCUCGACUACUACCGCAAGGGGGACUACGGCUGCUUCGGGCUGACCCUCUUCUUCGUGCUGGUGCCGUCGCUGCUGGUGCAGAGCCUGAGCUUCCGCUGGUUCGUGCAGGACUACACGGGCGGCGGGCUGGGCGCCGUGGAGGGGCUCAGCAGCCGGGGCCCCCCCAUGAUGGGGGCCGGCUACGGCCACGGCGCGGCCCGCGGCGGCGCGGGGGGCUCGGCCACGCCGGGGGCGCAGCGCCUGUGCCGCCUGUCCGUGUGGAUCUGGCAGUCGGUCAUCCACCUGCUGCAGAUGGGGCAGGUGUGGAGGUAUAUCCGCACCAUGUACCUGGGGAUUCAGAGCCAGCGGCAGAAGGAACACCAGCGACGCUUCUACUGGGCUAUGAUGUACGAAUAUGCAGACGUCAACAUGCUGCGCCUCCUGGAGACCUUUCUGGAGAGCGCCCCACAACUGGUGCUACAGCUCUGCAUAAUGAUCCAGAAGAACAGCGCAGAGACGCUGCCCUGUGUCUCCUCUGUGACCUCUCUGAUGUCCCUGGCUUGGGUGCUAGCGUCCUAUCACAAGCUGCUGCGGGACUCGAGGGACGAUAAGAAGAGCAUGAGCUACCGAGGGGCCCUCAUCCACCUCUUCUGGCGCCUCUUCACCAUCUCAUCCCGGGUUAUCUCUUUUGCCCUCUUUGCUUCCAUCUUCCAGCUGUACUUCGGGAUCUUCGUGGUGGUGCACUGGUGCGCCAUGGCUUUCUGGAUCAUCCAUGGCGGGACGGACUUCUGCAUGUCCAAGUGGGAGGAGAUCCUCUUCAACAUGGUGGUAGGGAUCGUGUACAUUUUCUGCUGGUUUAACGUCAAGGAAGGGCGGACUCGAUACCGAAUGUUUGCAUACUAUACGAUAGUGUUGACCGAGAACGCGGCCUUGACAUUCCUUUGGUAUUUUUACAGAAACCCGGAGAGCACUGACUCCUAUGCGGUGCCCGCACUGUGUUGUGUCUUUGUUAGCUUUGUGGCUGGGAUUGUGCUGAUGCUCUUAUACUAUGGUGUGCUGCACCCCAUGGGGCCGCGGGCUAAGAUCUUUGCCAGCUCCUGUUGUGCCGAGCUGCUCUGGGGCAUCCCUUUGCCCCCCGACGUUGAGCCCAUGGCACCUCAAGCCCCUGGGUACCGGGGGACCCAGGUCACGCCCACCAGAGCCGUGCCGGGACAACAGGAGGACCUCAUGGCCGAUACUUGCUUGCCCGUGUUCCAAGUGAGACCCACGGGGCCCUCGACCCCGACGGGGCGCCCUCACCCCCCCGAGGGGCCCCUCAUUAAGAUUGACAUGCCAAGGAAACGGUACCCAGCCUGGGAUGCCCACUUUGUAGACAGGAGGCUGAGGAGGACGAUUAACAUCCUGCAGUAUGUCACCCCCACGGCGGUGGGCAUUCGCUACCGAGAUGGACCGCUCCUCUAUGAGUUGCUGCAGUACGAAUCUUCACUCUAGAGCCUCUUGACCCGGGUUGAGACGGAGACCUUAAGUUUGGUUGCGGCGAAUGCCGCUCGCAAGAAAUCUAACCCUCCCUCUCCCAACACACAGAACCACCACCACCACCUCCCCACCACUACCACCGCCACACCAACACCAACAGCAACACCAACACUAAGAACAAAUCAAUAAGUCACAUCCCCUUCAGAUAAGCUUUCUUUCCAGUCGCUGUAUGUAUACAAAGAUAUUCUCUAUGUUUUAUAAGUAAAAACAAAAAGAAAAUCUUCCUUUUGUUUUUUACACACAAGAAACAGUAUUAAAAAAAAAAUCCCACACUAUGAAUCAUAGGUGGAGAAGGCAUUGUCUCCUCUCCAUCAGAAAAAACAACACAAUUUUAUACCUUACACCAAGUGUAGAUUAUUUAUGGGAUUGGUGCUGAUUGAAAGAACAAAACAAAACAAAACAAAACAAACAAACAAACACAAACAAACAAAACCUUCAACUGCCUUAUGCCCUUAGGUGCUGAGUUUCAUUAAGUACUGUCAUAUUUUCUCAUGCAAACCUCUCUGGUGACAUUUGUACCAGAAGAGAUAAAAUUAAAUAAUCAAAUGAAACAAAUCCACCAAGGAAACAAAAAUCAAACCAACCAACAG